GGGAAGUGGGGGGAAGCCAAGCUGCUCCCCUCUCCUGCAGCACCGGCCUCGGUUGCGCUGACUCUGGCCUGGCGUCUGUGUCUCUUGCUAUCUCUCUUUCUCUCAAGAUCUCUGCGCCUGUCUCCAUGUCUCUUUCUGUGCACCUAGGAUUUUCCGAGCACCCACCCCGGUGCCCUGUGGGCCCUGGCUGGGUGCAGGGCCCCCAACGCGGGGAAAAAUACAAUCAGUGGAGCGCUCCCCACCCUCACCCCACCCCCAGCCCCUUUAGACCCACAGCUGAAGAGACACGUGGAGUGGCAGAAAUGGGAGACAGGAGGGAGAGGAAUCGUUCCUGGCCGCCUGCUGAGUGCCAGUCCUUGCCCCGGGUGCGUCUCUUCACUCCCACUAAGGAGGAAACGGCUCAGAGAGGGGAAGUGUUUGACCAAGGUCACCCAGGGAGGAAGUGGGAACCGAGAUUCGAACCUGCGUCCCAGAGAUGCCAAGGCCUCCUGAGAGGCAGAGAAGCAGACAGCAACUGAGAGACAGACAGAUGGUGACAGACAGAGAGAGACAAAAGAGAGAGACAGAGACCGAACAGAGCACAGAGACAAACGCGGGGGUGCGGAGAAAAACACCUACUCAGACAGGAGAACCAGAGAGACAGUUACAGACUCAGCGAUAGAGAGGCUGAGAGAUAGAGCCAGAAACACAAAAACAGAGGCAGAGAGACUGAGAGCGGCCCUUGGCAGCAGGGGUGGGGACACCCCCCCAUCCUCCGACCCCGCCUCCUCUCCCCCCACCCCUCCUUUCCUCCUGCUCCCCCUCCAAGGCCUGGCUGCCCGGGGCGCCGCGGGCCGGGAGGGGGCAAGCGGGGCGCGGCGCGGGCGGGGCGCACAGCAGGCUGCACUGCAGAGCGGCGGGAGCAGCGGCGGGUCCAGGAAACCCCUGGGGCGUACGGGUGGCCCCGGGGGGGGGGGGCCGGGGGCGGGGAGGCGGGCGGCCGGCACCGCCCCGGCCGACAAAAGUCCCUUCAGUUCAGCCGGCUGCAGGGGAAGUCCCGGCGCCCGGCGAAACCACCCUCCCGUGCAGCCGAGCCCAGCCGCUCUCCGGCCGCCGUCCCCGGCGGCCCCAUGCCCCGAUGCCCCGCGGGGGCCAUGGACGAGGGGCCCGUGGACCUGCGCACCCGACCCAAGGCCGCCGGACUCCCGGGCGCCGCACUGCCGCUCCGCAAGCGCCCGCUGCGCGCGCCCUCCCCGGAGCCCGCCGCUCCCCGCGGCGCUGCGGGCCUUGUCGUCCCCCUGGACCCUCUGCGCGGCGGCUGCGACCUGCCGGCGGUCCCCGGGCCCCCCCACGGCCUGGCCAGGCCGGAGGCGCUGUACUACCCGGGAGCCUUACUGCCUUUGUACCCCACUCGGACCAUGGGCUCCCCGUUUCCUCUGGUGAACCUGCCUACACCCCUGUACCCCAUGAUGUGCCCCAUGGAACACCCCCUUUCUGCUGACAUCGCCAUGGCCACCCGUGCAGAUGAGGACGGAGACACGCCUCUCCAUAUUGCUGUGGUGCAGGGUAACCUGCCAGCUGUGCACCGGCUGGUCAACCUCUUCCAGCAGGGGGGCCGGGAGCUCGACAUCUACAACAACCUACGGCAGACACCGCUCCACCUGGCUGUAAUCACCACAUUACCGUCUGUGGUCCGGCUCCUGGUGACAGCUGGUGCCAGCCCCAUGGCGCUGGACCGCCAUGGCCAGACGGCCGCCCACCUGGCGUGCGAGCACCGCAGCCCAACCUGCCUGCGAGCCCUGCUGGACAGCGCAGCUCCUGGCACGUUGGACCUGGAGGCUCGCAAUUACGACGGGCUCACCGCCCUGCACGUGGCAGUGAACACCGAGUGCCAAGAAACCGUGCAGCUCUUACUGGAGCGCGGUGCCGACAUCGACGCAGUGGACAUUAAGAGCGGCCGCUCCCCGCUCAUCCACGCCGUGGAAAACAACAGCCUUAGCAUGGUGCAGCUGCUGCUGCAGCACGGCGCCAACGUGAACGCACAAAUGUACUCCGGCAGCUCCGCGCUGCACUCAGCGUCCGGCCGCGGGCUCCUCCCGCUGGUGCGCACACUGGUCCGCAGCGGCGCUGACAGCAGCCUCAAGAACUGCCACAAUGACACGCCGCUGAUGGUGGCGCGCAGCCGCAGGGUCAUCGACAUCCUGAGGGGGAAGGCCGCCCGGCCUGCUUCCACCUCCCAGCCAGACCCCUCCCCUGACCGGAGCGCCAACACCUCCCCCGAGAGCAGCAGCCGCCUCAGCUCCAACGGUCUUCUCUCUGCAUCACCGUCCUCCUCACCCUCCCAGUCUCCCCCCAAGGACCCCCCUGGAUUCCCCAUGGCUCCUCCCAAUUUCUUCCUUCCUUCCCCAUCUCCACCUGCCUUUCUGCCCUUUGCCGGGGUCCUCCGAGGCCCUGGCCGGCCGGUGCCCUCCUCCCCAGCUCCAGGAGGCAGCUGAGGGGGAUGGGGGGGCAGAUCUCGGACUCAUGAGGAGGGGCCCCCUGCCCUGUGGGGUCAACCCUUCUGGAAACUGUGAAGAUCUCAUUCUGCCCCCCCCCAUCUUCGGGACCAGGAUUUGCACAGAAGCACAUGCACCUACCCAUACAGCCCCUCUUCUGAGCACAGUUCCCCCAUCUCGCUCCCUGCCCAGGACUCUGAUCCCAGUAUUCUCAGGCACCAGCCCCUGUCCGAAAUGCCACCCCCAUCUUCCAUUUCCGUGUCCCCUCCCAGAGCUGGUGGACCCGGGGAACAGCCACUCCCCUCUACCAGACAACUGAGGAGGGGAGAGGUGGGCUGUAACGGGCACGGAUCACGAUGUAAAUUAUUAAGCAUUUUGGUUGGAUUUCUUUUGUAAUAAACUAUUUUUGUACCAUA